AUGGGGCGGGCGGGCCGCCGGCUGCCCGCGCUGGCAGCGCUCUUCUACGGGGCGCUGGCGGCCCUGGUGCUGCUGGGCGUGCGGGACGUGAUGUUCCUCUACGAGGAGAACCGGUGCAGCAUGACCUACAUGUACGAGUACCCCGAGUACCUGAAAAUAAAAUUACCCAAGAAAACAGCCAGACGAUACCCAGCAUAUGAGCUGUAUCUCUAUGGGGAAGGGAACUAUGCUGAAGAAAACAAAAAUCUCCUAUUGACAGGAAUUCCAGUUCUCUUUCUGCCUGGGAAUGCUGGCAGUUACAAACAAGUACGUUCUCUUGGCUCCAUUGCACUUAGAAAAGCAGAAGAUGUUGACUUCAAGUAUCAUUUUAAUUUCUUCAGUGUCAACUUUAAUGAGGAGUUGGUUGCAUUGUAUGGUGGCAGCCUGCAACGACAGACCAAGUUUGUGCAUGAGUGCAUCAAAGUAAUCCUUAAGCUGUACAAGGAUCAGGAAUUUGCCCCGAGCAGUGUGGCAAUAGUUGGGCAUUCCAUGGGUGGUCUUGUUGCAAGGGCAUUGCUCACUCUGAAGAAUUUUAAGCCUGAACUCAUAAACCUGCUCAUUACACAAGCCACACCUCAUGUUGCACCUGUAAUGCCUUUGGACAAAUAUCUUACUGAUUUUUACACAGCUGUAAACAAUCAUUGGAUUCUAAAGGCCCAAGAUUUAAGAAAUUUAACUACCCUUUCUGUGGCGGGAGGAUUCAGAGAUUACCAAGUUCGUUCAGGACUGGCUUUUCUACCAAGAUUGAGUCAACAUGACAGUGCCUUAUCUGUUGUGAGCUCAGCUGUGCCUAGAGCUUGGGCCUCAACUGACCAUCUCUCCAUAGUGUGGUGCAAAGAACUGAUCCUGGCUACCAUUAGAGCUUUUUUUGAUCUCAUAGAUGAAAACACAAGGCAGAUAACUGAGGAUCCAAAGAAGAGAAUGUCUGUAUUGAAUCACCACUUUGUGAGACACCCUGCAAAGAUGUAUGAGGAAAAUCCUGAAGCUUUUACACACCUCACAGGAGCUUUCAAUUGGAUUACAGUCAAAGCCUCAAAAUGGACUUACUCAGUUUACAAUGAUUCUGAUGGAAAAUAUUUCUCAUUUCCUCUUGCAAGCCACAGAAAAUCAUACAGUCAUGUUUACUGUGAAAAUAGUAUGUUGGACACAAGUAGCUGGAUUUAUGGCUGCAUGAACACUAAUUCAUCAAUGUGCCUGGAAGCUGCUGAUUUAUCCUGGAGAGCUGAGUUACUUCCAACCACCAAGGUUGUAAUGCUGAAACUCCUGGACUAUCCUUCUUUGUCCCACAUUGUCAUUCAGGUACCACCUGCAGUUGGCAAUAAGUAUACUUUGGGCUGUGAAUUCUUCAAAGAGGAUUCCAGAACAGUCCAGCUCCCUGUAACACACAUUUUUUCAUUUGGGUUUUCUUCAAGCAAAAUUCUCUUAAAUUCAACUGGAUUACUUUACAAUGUACAGCUCCAGCACUUCAGCCAGAUAUAUCAAGCUUUCAAAAUUUAUAUAGACAGUCACUGCCAGUCACUCAAAGAAAGAAAACCAAGUGUUUACAGACUUCAUAUCCCCUGGUCAUAUGAAGACUCAAUAACUGUAGCAAAAGUUCCAUCUCUUGCUGAGAUUUCUGCCAAACUGCACAUUGCUCAGCCCCACAGUGACAGCAGCCUUCCAGAGUUAAACAUCUAUUCUUCCCCAGACUGUCAGUAUGAAGUAAUUCUGAAGACAUCACUUCUACAGGUUCUUGGGCAAAUAGUAAGGUUCCAUGCUGGUGCUUUUCCAGUCUAUAUUGUUUCUAAUAUUCUUCUUACUUAUGGAGGACAACUGAGCACAUUGAGAUCAACAGGCCAGUGUUCAGACUUCUCCCUCCAACUAGUUAGGACAGCAAAGCCCUACAAAGUAGAACCUCUUAUAAGCAUUGUUGUGUUUCUGCAGGGGUUUAACUGGUUUAGAGAGAUCUGGGAGUCACUGUCACUGCCAGAGGUGGAUGCUGCUGUACUGAGUAGUCAGGAUGCAUGGUUCCCCCUUGUGUCCCUGAUUCUAUUUCUUUUUGGGACAGGCAUUGCCUACUGGAGUGGAGUAUUUUUCUCUACAUCUCUGAGACUCUUCUCUUCAUUAUGGUUAACUCUGAUUAGACCUCCUGAACUUCAGAAAGAUAAGUUGAUUACACCCAGCAGACUUUGUGGGAUGAUAUCUCUUGCUUUGGUUAGCUGGACCACUUGUGGUGCAUUUGCUGUGCUCAUUAUUUAUCUCCAAUACUUGUUCAAGGUUGUAAAACUGCAUGUAACUGUAAGAGCAGAGCAAAACAUGCACAACAGGGAUUCAGGCCACUCAAAAGAAACUUCACAGAACUCCAGUACACACACAGUCAAAGCCCAGAGUUCAGUGGACAGCAUUCCAGAAGCAACACAGUCUCCCUCCAACAGUGAAACAUCUGCUGAAGCUGCUAACAGUCUUAAGAUGCACACUACAGUCCUUAAUUUAUUCACGUGGAUUGUGCUGCUCAACUUGCCAUCUUUAAUUUAUUGGUUAAAAAACCUCAGGUACAAUGUUAGGCUUGAUCCUGAUCCCUGUAGAACCACAGCUAUUAUCCUUGUAUGCAUCUUAGAAAUCCUCAUGAAUUCAAGUACUUCUGAAGUGAAAUCAAGUAAACUCUUGAAGAUUGCAGCCAAAGUUCCACUCCCUUUGUCUGUUGCAAUGCUGGCCUUCGGACGAAUGCAUUUAUACAGAGUCCCACACUUUGUAACCUUUUCUCUUCUUCUACACGUGCUGUGCUGUUUUGUGUAAUGUUCAUUCUAUAUAGGACAAUGCACCCCAGAAACUUAACUCUGGAGAUGGGAAAAAUUGCAACACAGAAAUGCCUAAAUUAAUAUGAUCAGUAGUUUACAUUUUGUGGGAAAGAGGACAGAACUGUGAAUACUUUACAGAAAAUUUAUGGUUUUAUUCAUGUUGCUUAGAAAACCUUUCCUGGUGUUUAUUUCAUGUCUCUGAAAAUGGAGUGAUUUAACUGUGUAUAAGCACAUGACUCAUAUCAGUGCAACAUCUCAAUACUCUGCCUUGUAGACACUUUGGUAUUUCACUGUACUGCUUUGUGGAAACACCUUUUUUACUCACUGUGCCAUGCAGUGUCUGUGUUCUGAACUUGCAUCUCUUGCAGGUCUAAAGUAUGCUGGUUAAAACUCAAUACAUUUCAAGCACACUGUGACUAUCACAAAAACCACACAGCCAAGUAUACUUUGAAUGAUUUUAUGUUACAUUCAAAAGCUGCCACAUUUGUGUCUAGACAAACUAGAAUGUACUGCUUAUAUAGAACUGUUAUUUCUAUCAAAUCAUUUGUUCAAUCA